AUGGGCAAAACCACGCUGGCGAUAGAGUAUGCCUGGAAAUUUCGGGACUGUUAUCCGAGCGGAGUCUUUUGGGUAUUAGUAGAAAACGACGACACGCUUCUCAAUUCUUUUCAGUACCUAGCUGUACGGCUUGGAAUUGAUUCGGCUGAUGGAAAAGAUGCAAUGAGAAAAACAAUGCACAUGUUGUCCUGUUGUAAAACUAGGUUGCUCUUGGUCGCUGAUAAUCUCGAUAGUGACACAGUAACUGAACUUAUGGCAGAAUUAUUGUCAAGUGUAUGGAGGCUUGAUACUAAAAUACACGUUAUAAUAACGUCUCGAAGGGAAAAAGUCAGUGCAGUUGAAAUGUUUGAUACAGAUUAUUGCGUAGGAAUGAAUAAACUGACACUGGCACAAGGUAGAGAUUUUAUGAAAACACGAACAGGAAUAAACACAAAUGAUAAAACAAUAGAAGAGUUUGUAGAAGAAUUAGGAGGAUUACCACUUGCUCUGGAGCAGGCUGCAGCACACAUCAAAAUGUUGCAAUGUUCCUUCGAAGAAUAUUUGGAUGCAUUCCGGGAAAAACGUUUGAAACUUCGUCAAGCUAAACGAAAAGGUGGUCAUUUUCAUGAGUCCGAGGAACGGUUAACAGUUCAUACAACUUGGAAAAUGAACAUUGAUCAAAUUAUAAAACAUUCAGAAAAGGAAGGUCUUGGUACAGCCGCUACCACUGUGAUGGAAAUAAUUGCUGUUGUACCUCUGCCGGAGUUUCCGUUAAGCCUGUUGAAUACUGGUGAGCCAGACAUUCUAACAGUAGAUGGCAGAAAUGUAGAUAAUGCUCAAACAAUAUUGAAAGAUUUACAUAGUGCAAUGAACAGUAAACUAAAAAAGAAACAAGCUGUUGAGAUUCUGACAAGAUUUUCUGUUGUGGACAGGGAACAAUCAGAUGAACUGACAAUGCAUCGAUUGGUUAAAAAACUAUUAAAGAAACCAUGGAUGAUGAAAAGGUGA